UGUCGUCUGGCACAGGAAACCCUCGUCUGUCCUCUGUGCACUAAAGUCUAAAAUUCCUCUGUAAGUUGGUUCUGUAGCUUUGGCAUUAGUUGAAUUGCACAGCUUAUAGCGCUUACAUGUUGGAGCCCACCUUAAACCGCUUUGCAACGCGGCGUACAUUUGGAGCGACCCAUUGCAGCGCACGGCAGGCGCUCUACUUUCCACAUAUCAUCUAGUGCGUACGUCUACAGUAACCCUAGUGCAAUCACUAGCAUUGACUGUCAGGCAACUGAAGUCCGCUCCCGGCAUCUUGGCCUCAUCUACUGUCAGCUAAGAACCAUGUUAAAUAAAGCCUCACGAGGAGACACAGACCCUGCGCCAGUAGGGAGCAUAGAGGAGGCGCUAGUCAGCCUGAAGCUCAGCACCAAGGACCCGGAGCAAACCCGCAAGCUUGACCAUGUCAUCGACGUUUUGCGAGACGUCCUGAGCGGGCCCAACAUAAUGGUUUGCUGUCAGGACCAGGAAGCGCUCUGGUGGGAAAUGUUCGCCGAAGUGUUCGCCAGCGAGGUGGCUGCACAAACACGGGCAUCGGGCGGGCGGGAGCCCUCGCCGGCUUGUAAGCGGCAAAUCCUUGCGGACAUUCUGGUCUGGGCCGAAGUCACACAGGAACACUAUGACAGCGGCACACAAAGGUUUGUCACCGAGCCGCAUGAGGCUGACGAGUCCUUCCAACGGAUAGGCCGAGCCUUUCGAGUGGUGAAGGCGCGCAAGCAGUCAAGCACGGCGGCUUGCGACAACGCCUGCACGGAAAGGCGCUGCGGGUACAAGGCCAGCAGCGAGACCUCGAGCUCGGAUACCAGCAGCACGCAUGGCCAGGAGGGGCUUUGUUAGAAGUUAUGGCGAGUGGGACGUAAGAGGUUUGAAGGGCCUGGAUGGAGGACUGCGAGGCGGCUGUCAGGUUGUUUUUGCGUUGAGAGAUGGAGGGGGAAAAGCUGCCGAUACGUGGUCUCGGCGAGCUGUGUAACUUCCGUUGGGUGAUGGAUGAGCGGACGGAAAUCGGGCAACGGGCAGAUGUUCGUGCCAAGUUUUGGUGGUUGUUGGGACAUUGAAGUGGCAGGCGUUCCUUGUGACCCAUGGGUCACCGUUUUGCCACGCUAACGCCAUGUUGAUCCUAUGUCAACCUUCGUUUUAGUCCUAGACUUGAACCUUUUAUACUUACAGUAGAACCCUUAUCAGGCUUGAAUUGCUUAACAUGUUCCAUCUGCUUUGGCCGAGGGCCGCGUUUGGCCGAGGGCCGAUGCGAUAUUUGUCAGUCAGGGAAUGAGUUGGGGUGUACGCUGUGGCGAAGCCGUGUAAGAUAUGUACAUUCAGUUACUUGACAUUGGUUAGGUAGGGGCGUUACUUUGUGUGUCAUGCCAUGACGCUCUGCCUGGGAAGUCUUGCCGGCUGGCGUUUCCCGGGGUUUCAUGCAGCGCGUUGCGGCUGGUUUACAACAGUUGCAGCAUUCUUUUGGCGGGCUGGUGUCCGUGCAAGCAUGCCUUGCCAGGGACGCUCACCCAUGUUGGCCAUUGUCGGUCUUUUAGCGCAGUUGAUGUACUCGAGAUGCGACAAGACGUGAGGAAUACAUUGCUCAACUGCAGGCUAGGUCUAUUGCGCGAUGUGUUGUUGCUGAGGCCUAGGCAUGUGCGCGUCCCGUGCUCUCGCUCACUGCUUGGAGGGAAGUUAACUUCCCCUUGCUUCCUUAAUCGGAUGCGUAACUAAGCAAAUGUCUUCAGGAUGCGCCCUUACGCUGGGAUAGGAUUCCCAAGCAUCGCUAGGAGAGGCUUUAAGAGGCAAGGGCUUACUCAGCCCUGUGCAGGAUUGACAACCGUCAUCCCCUUCUCGCAUUACGGGGCAUGUAUCAUGUACCUAACACGCCAUUGUUUAUGCGUUCAACGCAAAAGUAUUUUGAACAUUCAAUGUGCGUCUAGAAUAUACAGCCCGAGCAAUAGCCCCGUCCCCAUGGCUGGAGAACUCUACCGGUGUUA